UUCCUUCCCCACUUUAUGGCUCUGGUCCGUGAUCGCCGCCACUUGAACCUCCGCCUCCACCUCUCCGACUGCCGUUCCCGCUUCCCUCUCCCCUCCCUCCCUCCCUGCCCCAGCCGCCCCUCCGCCCCCUCCGCCAUCUCCUCCUCCGACCUCGACAAGCUCCAAGUCCUCGGCCACGGCAACGGCGGCACCGUCUACAAAGUCCGCCAUAAACGCACCUCCACCACUUACGCUCUCAAAGUCGUCCACGGCGACUGCGACCCCACCGUCCGUCGCCAAGUUUUCAGAGAGAUGGAGAUUCUCCGCCGUACUGAUUCUCCUUAUGUCGUCCAGUGCCAUGGAAUCUUCGAGAAGCCUUCUGGAGAUGUAACGAUUUUGAUGGAGUAUAUGGAUCUAGGAUCGCUUGAUUCGCUCUUGAAAAAGAACUCCACCUUGUCAGAAUCGACGCUCGCUCACGUAUCGCGUCAAGUUCUUAACGGACUUCAUUACCUUCAUUCUCACAAAAUCAUUCAUCGCGAUAUUAAACCGUCGAAUCUGUUGGUGAAUAAGAAUAUGGAGGUUAAAAUUGCUGAUUUUGGAGUUAGUAAAAUCAUGUGCAGGACUUUGGAUGCUUGUAAUUCUUAUGUCGGGACUUGCGCCUAUAUGAGUCCAGAGCGGUUCGAUCCAGAGACUUACGGCGGAAAUUACAACGGUUACGCCGGAGAUAUUUGGAGUUUAGGACUUACUCUUCUGGAACUUUAUUUAGGUCAUUUUCCUUUUCUUCCGCCUGGACAGAGACCGGAUUGGGCGACUCUGAUGUGUGCGAUUUGCUUCGGUGAACCACCGACGCUGCCGGAGAAUGCGUCGGAGGAGUUUCGCAGCUUUGUUGAGUGUUGCUUGCAGAAGGAAUCAAGCAAACGGUGGACGGCGGCGCAAUUGUUGACGCAUCCGUUUGUAUGCAGGGAAUCAUCGAGGUCCGAUAAUCGAUGACUCGGCAGUGGAUUGAAGGGAUUCCGGUUCCGAAUCACUGGCAGUUUAAAAGAUCCGGCCAAAUUCUGAGAUCUGUACAUAAACUUGCGGAAUUCGGAUGAACUUUUUGUAUAUAAUCCCUUUUCUUUUUCAAUUUGAAUCUUCAUCUGUAGCUUCUCUGAAUCUCCUCCAAAUCAAUCGAAUCGAAUCCCCAAUUUCGGAGAAUUUUUGUACCUUUUGGAUUAAAUUUUUUUUCUUCAAUUAAAAAGAUUAACA